CCCCAAUCAUCUAGUUCAAAGCACAGCAUCCAGUUACAGAUGUACAGAUGGAAGUGGUGCCAUGUCAACAUUCAUAUUCCUUUCCUAUAAUUUAGCAGCCUCACUACCAUCUUUAUGGCCUAGUUUGUACAACUUCAAAAACUAUAGAAAAACAUAUUAAGAACUAUAUUAAUUUGAACCAGCAAAACCUAAGAAUGUGUUAGGAUCCCUGAAUUUGAAUGGUUUAGAGUUCAACCACAAGUUUCCGUCUGCUUGCAGUGUCCUGCACAUUCAGCUGUACAAUGAAGUACCUGGUGAGGGACUGUGACCCCAACACAGGAGAGCCUGAUGACGACGGCUACGAUGAUGAAUAUGUGCUGGAGGACCUGGAGGUGACCGUCGCAGAUCACAUACAGAGAGUCCUGAAACCAAACUUUGGCGCAGCGUGGGAGGAAGUGGGAGACGAAAAUGAGAAGGAGGAGACGUUUGCCCUGGCGUCUGUGCGAACACUAGAUGAGGCGGUGGGUAACAUCAUCAGCUUCCUGGGAAUGCAGCCCUGCGAACGCUCCGACAAAGUUCCUGAAAACAAGAACUCUCAUGUUCUCUUUCUCGCUGGUGUGUUCCGAGGAGGCCACGACGUCCUGGUUCGGGCCCGUCUGGCGCUGGCUGAUGGCGUCACCAUGCAAGUGACGGUUCGCAGCACCGAGGAGACCGUUGUCGAUGUGAUCCUUGCUUCUGUAGGCUAGAACUGCAAAUACGUGCCAACCAACGACACAAAGCAUGCAGCAGCCCUUAUCCAUCACUUCCUCAGUCCUGAAGCUUAACUCGUCAUUGUGAUUACUGGUACAAAUGUUUUAUAUCUUCUACAUAUACUCAAACUUUUCUGUUUUUCCAUCUUUUUGUUUCAACUUCACAAUAAAGUUGGUCAAAAUGCAA